GUGCCCCGCAUCGUGCUGUUGAACCCCCAGAUCCCAGUAGACGCGCAGAUCUGGAUCAAGGUCCAGUGCAACUCCAUGGUCGCAGUGGGAUCUUCCACGUCCUUCGUCGAGAGGCUUGAGAUUACACCAGUGAUUGCAGCGCACUGGGUGAAGUUCCUCAAGGAUGAGCGAGAUGCUGCUAAGAAACGGUCUGCCGAUGACGCGCAGCUGGACGAUGCAGAUGCGGGCAGCUCCGGGAACAAGGGUGACGAUGGCAACGGCAGCCGCUUCAAGGGCUUCGAGGCGAAGUACAACAGAUUCGUCAAGGAGAACUACAGGGAGAUGUUCGACGGGCUUGAGGAUUUCAAGCGCGCAGCUUUAUUCAAGAAGAGGUGCGACGCUUUGCAGAUAUGGGACAGGCUGGUGGACUGGUGGGGGGAGUUCGUGGUGUUCGAGGAGCGUCGCAUGAAUCCGAAGGCCAUGUUCCUCGUGUUCGACAAGAUCGGGGACGUGCUGGCCAAGGACAGCUACCACGGGGCCUUUGGCGAUGCGAUGUUCGAGGUUCUCAAGUACGCGGUGCCGACCGUCUUUGAGCCCCAGCCCAAGGAUGACGAUGACGAUGGGGAGGCAGAUGUCGCGCAAGAGAUUGCUACUGACGUGGACUACGUGAACCACCCGGACCGCGACGUGCGCUGGAUAUUGCAGAAGACUUCUGAUUGUAAGCGCCUGGUGCAGCUGACCACUCCGAUGGCCGACUCUUCCAUCUUCAAAGAUGCGUUGUCCGCGAGCCCUGCCAAGCGUCUGCUGACGACGGUGGCGAACCCGAAGGCAAAAGGCAAGGCUAAGCCGAAGGGGUCUGCUAAGGCCGCCGUCACGCCAGAUGCCGUGGCACAUUGCACGCAAGCGGGAUCAACAGUCCGCUCGACCAUGUUCCUGGAUGACGUGACGUUCGGAGUUCGCUUGGGGAUGAAGCUCCAGUCGGACAAGGGGAAGGUUGUGUUCCAGUUCGGCGACAGAGACUCUGAGGAGGAACACUUCGCACUGUGGAAGAUGUUGCGCCCUCGCAUCAUGGAUCACAUUUACGACGUGCACAGCGAGCUCGUGGAGAAGACUAAGAAGCUGGUCGCCGACUUCCUCACCGACAACCCUCCCUUGCAGAACCUGACGUACCUCGAGCAGACACACGUUGUCGUGACCAGGAUCAGCUCGACUCUCUUGCGCUCGAAGGGCAGGGUGUACCCAGGAGACGAUCUGCAGGACAAACAUGCAUGGGUCGAUGAGAAGCGCAAAGUUGACAAGGAGAGUACCAUGCUGACCAUCCGGCUCCAGUCGGUCGACGCCUCCUUGGCCCAAUGGGUGGCUGAGCUCUGGGCUGACCAAUCCGACGUCGUGGCUACCCACCGCACGAGGUUCCUCUACAUUCAGAAGGCAUUGAAGCUGAUUGCAGAGAACGCGCAGUUCGGCAGCGAGCCCAUCAAGCAGCACAUCAUCAAUGGGAUCGGGUUCGGGGCCGCCGUGGAGGCCGACAUUUUCGGGUACGAUAGCGUAGAGAACGGGAACCCCUCCAGCGAGGCAUUGUGGCUCAGGGUGUUCGAGAUUGCCGAAAUCUUGAAGGGCCGAGUGGUGAAGAAGCCCGUCGUUGCAAUGUUGCGGACCGCGGUCAAGUCCAAGAUCGAGUGCAUGAAGAAGGCCGACAUCGUGAAGGCACUGCAGGUUGAGUUCCCUGGCGCAGUGCCCGAAGGUGUUGAUACCUUGGUCAAGUCAAUGGUUAUGCAGUUAUUGCUUCAGGAGCGGCUCCGACGGAUGGAUGCCCAAGAGCUUGCGGCGCUGCAAACAUGGAAAAGCUUAUUCUGCCUGGGUUUCGAGGAAGGCGCCGACGCGCUUCGGAGGAAAGCCUCUGCCGUGGCCCUGCCCCUGACCGCUCCAGAUGCUGAGUCCAGCCCGCGCGGUGACAAUGCCGACAAUGCUGGCGCCGAGACGGCCGAGACGACGUCCGCGCAGCCUCAGAACACAGUGGUUGUGGCCUUGGAACAGUGCACUCAGGUAGAGAUCAACGGCAAGGAAUACUUCAUCCUCUUCAAGGGUAUGGGGGCUUGUGACAUGUCGCGCCGCCUGUGGAAGUGCGACGAGGCGAGCCGCUACCUGACGCAUGCCAUCAUGGAGGAGUGGCUGUUCGGUUGCGGGCCUGCCAUUGCCAAACCAGUGGGCGGCUCCAACGGCGGUGACGAUGCCGCCGCGGUGCCGCCGACGCCGAAGAAGCCCAAGACGAGGGUCGCAGGGAAGACCGAGCCUGCGGUGAUUGCAGCGAGGGAUGAGGACGCCGCGGUGGAGACCGCGGCCGAGAAGGUGGAGGUGGUCGUCGAGGACGAGAACGACGAGAACGAUGAGAAGGAGCAGCACGCGAAGCCGAUCUCUCUCCUCGAUGUGGGCCUUGACUUCCUGGUGUGCCCGUCCUCCCAGAUGUCAGCUGGUAGGCCCGGUGGCGGAGUGAAGCUCUACUUCGACAGGACGCGUGAUGCAUGCGGGUCCAUGGAGGAGAAGCUCAAGCUUCAUUUCGCAGGCAGGGUGGUGAUAUACCCUGGCGCCUUCGUUGGAGAUGGAGCGCGCGUCGCAGCAGGCCGCGUGCACAUUGAGCAGCAGGAGCUCAACAUCUUCAUCGUGCCGAACGUUAACUUCAAGGACCCCCGCAGCACCAUCAGCGUCCCCGCCUGGAGCGUGCCAGUCGUGGCGGACAAGGCGCAUGAGGAGGACACCAUGACCAUGAAGGUGGGCACGUACACGCAGGUGAUCAAGGACGUGCCUGGGGUGGACGGCGGCGCCGUGAUGCUGGACCGCAGCUUCUUGAUGAUCAGGCCGAGGGCGGAGCUCUUGGCGAUUCAGCAGCGGAAGAGCGAGGAGGGGGUCCCGGCGGCGGCUGCGGGCACCGACGGGGAGUUCGCCCCGCUCGAGCUGGAGCCCCUGACCAGGCCAAAGUUCCCGUGGGAGUUCAAGGCCGUGGUCCAGGAGGACGAGAAGGCCCGCAAGGCGCUUGGCAAGGCCAUGAGGCACAUCCUCGCGUGA